CUAACAAAGAUAUCAGUUAGAUUAUGUGUUGUUCUCUUUUCAAACAAGUUACAAAUUUUUGCUUGGAGCAAAUCGUGAAAUUCUAAGUCAUCCAUUCACGGACCUCUCGCAUUAUCCACAUCCUAUGCAGUACAAGGAAGAUAUUGCUAAACGCCGAUGCUGGCUUCUCAACAGCCGGAUUUGCAAAGAAGCAAACUACCUUCUUUUGCGGACCAUUUCAAGAAAGGAGUGUUAGGGAGAGGGAAAACGGUGCCAUCAAAGAAAACAGAUACUGCUAGCAGGAUUAGUACAAAUAGUCGAGAAAUUUCUCCCCAACCAUUGAGCGAUGUAAAUUCCCUUCGAAAAGACCUUGUAACUGUUCCUGUCAUUCAAACCAAUGGAUUUGAGUCGAAAAAAUCUCAAAACAUAUCGGUCAUCAGAGCCCUGACUCCACAAAGUUCAGGUGCAGCUUCUGAGACAGACAAAAGUGUUUUUUCAAACAUGAUGAAGCCCAUAUUUCUUGCUAAAGUGCAAGACAAUAAAUCCCAAGACAGUGAUGCAAAUUCGAAUGGGAGUUACAAGAAUUGUAGGGAAUUAAGCGAAGAAGAACAUGCCAUUCUUGCCAAGAUAGAGGCCCAAAAUAAGUUACUUGAAGCAGACACAAAGUCCUUGAAAUCAAUAUCAAGUGAGGGAGGUCGAUCAACGUCACGACGUAGCAGCGGUGGAUCUAUAUCACCUACUUCUGUACAUAGCAACUUGUCUGUGAACGGUCCAAAUGAUGGAAAUAGCAUUGAGGAUGAUCAAUGGCAGUUGUGGGGAAGAAUUGUCAAUGACUGGGAUGAAUUUAAAAAGAAAAGGGAAAAACAAUUGAAGGAAAAUGUUCGUAAAGGUAUACCUCAUCACUUUCGUGGCAUUGUUUGGCAACUUCUUUGCGGAGCCCACAGGUCACCAAUAAAGGAUAAAUAUUCAGAUCUUCUAAAGCAGGAGUCACCUUCUGCUAAGCUUAUAAAACGAGAUAUUGCAAGGACUUACCCUGAUCAAGAUUUUUUUAAAGAGAAAAUCGGACAAGAAGUUUUGUUUAAUGUUACUAAGGCUUAUUCACUUGUAGAUAGAGAAGUUGGUUACUGUCAAGGAAGUGCGUUCAUUGCUGGUCUAUUACUUAUGCAAAUGCCUGAGGAAGAAGCAUUUGCAGUUUUUGUUGCAUUGAUGAGGAACUACAGAUUACGAGAAUUAUUCAAACCAUCUAUGGCCGAACUGGGAUUAUGCAUGUUUCAACUUGAUAAUAUGCUACAGGAACAUGCUCCAGAUUUAUACAAUCAUUUUCAAGCUCAAGGUUUCCAUACAUCGAUGUAUGCUUCUUCCUGGUUUCUGACCUUAUUUGCAACAACUUUUAAUCUGCAAGUUGCUUCUAGGAUUAUGGACGUGUUUAUGUCAGAGGGCAUGGAAAUAAUUUUUCGCAUUGGUCUAGCAAUGUUACUGAGCAGUCACAAUCAACUAUUGCAAUUAGACAUGGAAGGUAUGCUUAAGGUGAUUUUGAAAACUCUUCCAGAAUUUUACAAUCGAGAUCCAGAUCUUUUAUUCAAUAAAGCUUACACUUUGGUCAAAUAUAAUCCAAAGAAAAUGAAAAAGAUUGAAAAAGAAUACAUGUCGAUGAAAACCAAAGAAAUGGAAGAACAAGUUGAAAUGAGAAGGCUGCGCACCGAAUGUAGGUUGCUACGGCAACGAGUCGAUGCCCUGGAAAAAGAGAAUGAAAAUCUUGCCGAUAAACUCAUCCAGGAUCGGGUAAACCGUGCAUUGGAAGCUGAAGAAAAAAUAAUCAUGGGCAAGGAACUGAGCAUUGCAAAACGACAAGUUAAAUUGAGUCAAAGCUCGUUAAACAAUCUUGCGCAACAGGACAACCCAUUCGCUCUAAGUCAUGAUGGAGACUUUGGAAAACCUCCUGUAUCAUCUACUGAAUCUACUCCUUCUACAACGAGCACAGAACCAAAGACCAAACCAGCACCACAAUCUGCAUUAUCUGUACCUUACUCAGAGGAUUUUGUUCUCGAACUACAGCAAGAACUCAUUCAAGCAAGAUUGAGGGAAGCGGAAUGCUCAUCUACGUUAACUGACCUCCAAGACAAAGUCUCAGUUUUGGAGAAAAAGAAUAAAGAAUUGACUGAUAAAUCUAAAGUAACUAUCCUGCAAGAAGAACUAAUCGCUGUUAAAUUGAGAGAAGCAGAAGCAACUGGUUCUCUCAAACAACUGCAACAGAAAGUCAAUAGCUUGGAAGAUAACUGGCAGUCACACAUGACAAGAAUCAGCGGUGCUCGGAAAAGUCCAGCAAGCGGAAGUAAAGUCAGUAAAGCUGCAUUACAAGAGUUGCAAGAGGAAUUGAUGAGUGCUAAAUUCCGAGAAACUCAACUCACUUCGCAGAAUCUCGACUCGCGACAAAAAGUUAUGGAGCUUGAGACAUCGAAUCAAAUUUGUACGAGUCAACUACGCCGAGCAGAUGAGGAACGUACUCAGUUACGAAACGAUCUCGAAAAAUCUAUGCAGAGAGAAAAAAAUUUGCAACAACAGUUAAACGAAAUCAACACUCGAAUGGCUCAUGUUGAAAGCAAGAGCCAAGAAACUUUAAUGGCGAUGAGGCUAAGAGAAGCUGACGGAACGAUGGAAAUUGCAGAAAUGAAACAACAAAUUCAAUCACUCGAAGCAAAGUGUGCUGACCUUGAGAAACUGUCGAAUGACCAGAAAGUUGAAAAAAGUACGUCUGAAAACGCUUCCUCAUCUUACUCAGAUUUCAAAGUUUCUCCUCAUCCAAACACUGCAGCCAUGCUUCAGCAAUUACAGGAGAAAAUUCUCCACCAACAGAAAGUAAUUUCCAAACUGCGGAAAACUAACAAUAAGAAUAAAGCAAAACUCCGACGAGGAUCUCAAGACUCGUUAACGGCAGUCGAUGACAAAGUUUUCCAAGUCGGGUCAGAAUCUUCAGACCCAGAUACUGACUCAAGUGAGGACGACACAGAGUUAAUUUUGGACUCAACGUUAACGGAUCCAGAUAAAGUAUUGAACACAGACAUUAAAAUUACCUUGCCUCCUCAGCCUUCUUCGUUAGCCGUUGAUACGUCAUUAAACUCUUCUGAUCUCGUAGACCCACUCACUCUAUUGCCACCCGAGAGUUUGAUUUCACCACCAGAUGAUUUCAAAACCCCAAUUGUAGAAUCAAAUUCAUGAUGAUUAUAUCAAUAUAACAUAAAUUUUCUAUCUUACUGCGGAAUACAAAAUGGUAAAAUACCAGAAUCUGAACUUCUUAAUUUCUCUGUUUCUGUAAAAUGAGUAGUGAAAGAUUUUGGAAUUUGUAUCUGAAAUCUGUAUGGCGUUCAUGCUAUACAUUGCAAAAACAGCUUAUGGUAAAUUUCACAGAAUGCAACAUCUCGUGGCCUCCGUGGGGUCAAAACAUUUUUAUGUUCCAAACUACUCUUAUAUUAAUUUUCCGAUCACUUUCGUAGUCUUUUCUUUCUUUGAUUUUUGAACGGCGAUGAUCAAUGCAAUAUUCAUUUCUUCUUAUUUUGAAUAAUAUUUCCUUUUUUGUUGACAUUAUAUUGACAAAAAUUGUGCGAACGGCUGACGUUUAGUGGGAUUCCUUUACCAAACAUGUUCAGGGAAAUUCAACGUAUUCUGCUGUAAAAAAAUUAAUUUAAUUCUGGGUAGUUUUUUGGAUUCAAAUUGAUGAGAUUUUCAUGUCUCAAGGCAAAUUUCCAGAUUUUGCUAUAUAAUAAAACAGUAAUAGACUCAACAAGAAAAAUUCUGGAAUAGAAACUAUAUAUGGAUUUGGAUUUGGUGAUUUUUUCAUUACUAUUCGUUUUGAUUCAUCAUGACUUUCAUCUGUUACUUCUCAACUAGACUAAUUUCAUGGCCCUGCAGGAAAUCGGUUUUUGAUAAAACCUGCAUGUCUAAGCUUCAGUUAUCUUUUAUGGUGAUGCUUUCUAGGCCAGCCUACUUGUAUGCUUUUUAAAUAGUUUGUAGCAGUAUUAUGAUAUCUUAGUGGUUAAAUAAUACUAUGGCUGUGUGCUUUUUAGUUACUAUUGAAUUGAUAAUAUUUAUCACUUGCCUCAAAAAUUAGCGCUUAAAGUAUUUACAGGAUUCUUAAGAACUUGCAGGUGACUGAAACGGGUGGAUAUUGUUGAAUUUUCCUUAUUCAAACCUAAGUAUUGAACACGAUUUGUACUUUAGAUUCAGAUAAAUUGCAACACUUGUAUGAAUUUAUGGGAUAGCGAUAAAUUAUUUUCAAUGUAAAAUUUUAAUUUAUCAAUUUGAAACAGUAAUUGGGACUACUAUUUUUUGUGUGUUGAAUUUGAUCUAAAAUUUGAUAAAUUCGUGAGAGAUUUCUGGAACUCAAAAUCAUGUUGUUGCAUAUUCUUUUUCCACCUGUUUCAUGAUGCAAUGUCAUCACUUUUAUCUUCUUUAAAGAACAUCAAUGUACUUCAUAGAUAUGAAAGCACGCUCAACUAUGUCUUUCUAGAAAUAUUACCAGCCUUUUUCAAUGUUGAAGUUGGUAUAAACCAUAUGUUUAGUUUAACCUGUUUAAAUUUUACUAGUUGAUUGUGAUAUGAUCUUUCUGCUUUUGUGGGAAGUGAAAAAUCAAUCUGAGGUAGUUUCGAAGUAGUACCCUUUACGGGAAUCUUGUUUUAUUUUCCUUUGUGCCAUCGAUAUUAAUAUUCCCAUCAUUACUGACAUUUCGAUAUGUCGUGACUCGCUGAACCAUAUUCUGUAAUCAAGCGAGUGGUGGCAUAACUGAUUUGUAUGCCCACACUAGUUUUUAUCUUUCUUUUUGUUUUUAUCAGUGCAAUACGAUGUGACAUUGUAAUAAAAAGAUUUUAAAUAUAUUAAAUCUACAAAUUAUGAAAAUUUAUUACCAAUCUGUCUAAUUAUACAUACUUAAGACUUGAAAUUUGGUUUAAUUCGUUACAGAUAAUCAUCCCUUAAAUGUAUUAUCCAUGAUUUGCUUGCCGAUUACCGUUUUUAUCAUUAAAUUAAAAUAUACUAUUAGUUAUGGUAUGACUCCGUAUUUUUCCGAUUUAUACUUUAUUUUGUCAAUGACAACAUUGUUACAUCAUUAUAUACACUUUUGAUUCAAGCUUUAUUGCAAUCUCUGAAAUAUAAAAGAAUUUUUGAA